AUGUUAUCCAACAAACAAGCCAUCGGCUCCCUAUCCCUGGGGCAGCACCCCUCCCAUGCCCUGGACCACAAGAUUCGUGUCGCCUCCCGACACGGCUUUUCUGCCAUCGAAGUGGUUUACGCCGACCUGGAGAGAUACUCGACGCUCCUGGGCGUGUCGAUGCUGGAAGCAACCGGGCACAUUAAGAAGCUCUGCGCCGACCUGCAAAUGGAAGUUCUUGCCUUGGCUGCCUUCGAGAAUUUUGAGGGGAGCCGCUCGCCCCUGAACGAUCGACUCUCCGUGGCCAAACACUGGAUCGAUGUCGCCCGCACGCUGACUGCAACAUACCUACAGAUCCCGUCCCAGUACGGUCUUGACGCCAGCACCGACGAGAAAGUGAUCGUGUUCGAGUUGCAGCAACUGGCGGAUCUAGCCAGGGCCGAAGAACCAGUCAUUUCCGUUGCCUAUGAGCCGCUCUCCUGGGGAACAUACUGCUCAACCUGGGAGAUGGCCUUGCACCUCGUCACUUCUGUUGACCGGACCAAUUUUGGUCUCUGCCUCGAUAACUUCCACGAAGCCACAAAGUUGUGGGGAAGUCCGUUCGAGCGAACCGGCAAGUAUCCCACCGGCGACCGGGACUUGAAGGACUCGCUGCGCCGGUUUGUCGAACGGUGCCCCGUGGAAAAGAUCUUCUAUGUGCAGCUAUCGGAUGGAGAACGGUUCGACCCCCCCUUCUCGAGUACGCAUCCUUGGUAUCAAGAGGGAGAGGCACCGCAGUUCACCUGGUCAAAGCAUGCAAGACCCUUUCCCUUUGAGACAGAACUUGGAGGAUAUCUGCCUGUGCUGGACAUUGUCCGGGCCUGGGUGCUCGACAAACGAUUUCCAGGGUGGGUCUCGAUGGAGGUGUUCGACCGUCGCAUGCGUAGCGAAGAGUUUCGGCCGGAGGAGGCGGGCAAGCGGGCAAGAGAGUCCUGGAGGAAGCUGCAGGAGGGCUUGCAGGCAGGCUCUCGGGGAAUCCAAGUGCGUGUCUAA